AUGCGAUAAGAGCGCGGAGCGCUGCGCGCUAUUCUUAGCGCAGGAAUGUACACAAUGCCCGCCGCUCCUGCGCGCCCGGCAGCGGCACAAACACGGCAGAAACCACCCUCUAUGAAUCACCUACCCACCGACAGAAACCUCCCGUGGGUUCGUAGGGUUUUGCCCAGGCUCUAGCUGUGGAAAAACUCAGCAGAGAAUAAACGACAGAGAGUAAGUGCAUGCAGUGAAGGACAGCAGAAGUGAACGGAUAUUUACAGCAACAUCAAAGUCCUGAUUUGUUCCCUUGGAGCUGGAUUUUUCAAUAAAAGCUGCUAAGAAUUUGGAGGUUUUUUCUGCCAAGUCCAGAAUUCAUCUCUCUCAUAUUUUGCUAUGGAAGAGGGGUCCACUGAAGAGUUUCUCUUCAAAGACCAGGACUUCUCCUCUGAACUGCUGAGGCAGCUGAAUGCUCUGCGGCAGAGCAGGAUGCUGACCGAUGUUACCCUCUGCUCCGGGGGCUUUGAAAUCCCCUGUCACCGAAAUGUGCUGGCUUCCAGCAGCCCAUACUUCAAGGCAAUGUUCUGUAACAACUUCAGGGAGAGUCACCAGCCUAAAGUCAUUCUAAAGGGCAUCGAUGCCAAUAUUUUGGAUCAGAUUAUCCUUUAUGUUUACACUGGGGAGAUUCUCAUAUCCACUGAGAAUGUCUUGUGCCUCUUGGAGACUGCAUCCAUGCUGCAAUACACUAAGCUGUUUGAGGCCUGCUCUACCUACCUCCAGGACAAGCUGACCCCUGACAACUGUCUGAGCAUGAUCAGACUGGCAAAAGUCUUGAACUGCCAAAGCCUGAAUAAGAAAGCCAAGGCUAUGGCUUUGAAAUGUUUUCCUCUGGUGGCCUCUUCUGAGGACCUGAAGGAGCUCUGUCCCACAGAGCUCAUCGAUUACCUUGGGGAUGAUGAGCUCUGUGGGGAGGAGGAGCAGGUCUUUGAGGCACUGAUGGUCUGGAUCCGGCACGACCUCCAGGCACGACAAGGCUACAUCCAAGAGUUGUUCAAGAAGGUCCGACUUCAGUAUGUCCAUCCAACCUUCCUCUUCCAUUUCAUUGCUAAUGACUCGCUCGUUCAGGCCUCACCCACUUGCAGGAGCAUCCUGGAGUCAGCCUGGAGACAGAUGUUCUCCUUGUACAGCACCAACAUGCCUGACAUCAAACCCAUGGUGCAUGUUCCUCGCAGGUACUCCAACCAGGAGUUCCUCAUCAUCAUCGGUGGCAGGAAGGACAGCCAGCAGACAACAAGGGAUGUCCUGCUGUAUGACGAGAAGACAAACCAAUGGCUGAGCCUGGCCAAACUUCCCAUGCGCCUCUACAAAGCCUCUGCAGUGAGUUUGCACAGCAAUGUUUUUGUGCUUGGAGGGAUGCCUGUUUGCAAUAAGAAAAGUCUGGUCAGUGGUAAUAUUUACAUUUACUCCCUCAAACUCAAUCAGUGGAGGUUGAUUGAGCACAUGCUAAUUCCACGUUACUCCCACAGAAGCCUGGCAUAUAAAAAUUAUAUUUUAUCAUUCGGUGGAAUUGGUGAAAACCAGGAAAUCCUGAAUUCUGUGGAAAGAUAUGAUAGUGUCUACAACACCUGUGAGAGCAUGGCAAACAUGCCUGUUGCCGUCCUUCACCCUGCUGUUGCUGCCAAAGAUCAGAGGGUUUACCUCUUUGGGGGAGAAGACAUAAUGCAAAACCCUGUUCGGCUUAUCCAGGUUUACCAUGUCUCCAGGAAUACAUGGUUUCGUAUGGAGACCAGAGUAGUGAAGAAUGUCUGUGCACCAGCUGUUGUGAUUGGAGACCAGAUUAUCAUCGUAGGUGGGUACACCCGGAGAAUAAUUGCUUAUGAUACAAAAGGCAACAAGUUUGUUAAAUGUGCAGACAUGAAGGACAGACGAAUGCAUCAUGGGGCCACUGUCAUCAGGAACAAGCUGUAUGUCACAGGAGGACGGUGUCUCACCUCAGACAAUGCCAUCAAGGACCUGGAUUCCUUGGACUGCUAUGAUCCAGAGACUGACACAUGGACACCAAAGGGGAAACUGCCACACAGACUCUUUGACCAUGGGUGCCUGACACUCCAGUGUGUCCCCUGUUCUAACCUUCUCUAAACAACUCUUGGUACUUCCUUGAUAUUUUGUGCUUUUCUUCCCAGAAAGAGCCCACCUCACUCUGCAGAGAGCACUUGGGGAGUCUUCCUGGGGUCACACAAAGUCCUGACCUUGAAGGCACCCGCGGCAUUAGUCCUUCCAGACCCUGUGCCAGAAAGGCCAUGAGCUUUGCUCACACUGUGUUCACCUGGCUGAUAUUGCAUGUGGUGCUGCUGAGUCCAGUCUGGAGGCCUCACCCAGCAUCUCAAGAGGAAACAGGAGAAAGAAUGGCUUAAGAACCCAUUGUGGGAGUUGUUCUUGUACUGACUUCAGAAGUGAAGGGGGAUGCUGCUGUCUCCAUGGAAAGUAAGAUCUUUGCUGUCAUGCAAACUCAGCUGCCUGCCACAGCCCUUUGCUGCUCAUUGCUGACCAAGCUUUCCUUUCCAGUGGUGGCAGUGUUUAGAAUAGGAAGCCUCAAGCUGCAGUCUUGUAACCAGCCCAGGAGCAGAUGCCUGAGUUCGCUGUGGUGGUCAGCUCAUAAGAAAUAAAAUUUUAAUGUUCCUAUCAGCUAAUUAGAAAUUGGCAAAAGACUGAUGCUUGAUCCGAACUCUCAUAUUGCAACAAGAAGCAGAUUUGACUUUUUUGAGCUAACACUCUUCCACAGUGAGGGAAGAAUUUUGUUCCAUCUGCCUGGCCUCUGAAGAAUCAGGAGAAGACAGGAUGGAAAUCAAAAUAGUCUGCACCUUCUUUUUCAAGGGAUCUUAUUUUGCAGGGAUCUUUCUUCUCCUUUGGCAUGAGGAAUAGCAGUGGAGUUAGUUAGGAUGACUUUUGCUGAUGGAGUUCCUGAAAUGUAGAAUAGCAGAGAGGACACAUAGAGGAAAGGGGAUGUAAAAGAGAAGAGGUAUUUGGGAGGAACAAUUUCUUUUUCCCUUUCUCCUCUCUCCAAACCACUGGAAAAAAGCCCAUGAGACAAAGCCAGUGACAGGAAGCCAGCUUUCCAAGAAGAGCAAGUCUAAAUCUGCCACUUGGCAAAACAGCUCUGCUCCACCAAUAUUUUCGUGGGGUUCUGCCACUAAGUGCAUACUUUGAAAGGGAGGGGAUUAAUCAUCAGACACUGAACAGGCCGUGAACUGCUGUUAGGUCACUGGGCUUGGUAAGAUUGCUGAGAUAGCAAGGAGCUUUACAGAUGACCACUAUCCAGAGAAAGGCCAGCAGAAACAACACCCCUUUUUCUUCAUAUUUGACAAAAAAGUGGAACUUUUCAAAGGAUACAGGAUGGCACGAGGGAAACCGUGCUCAACUUCCUCUUCACAAAAGGCUGCACAGCCAUGUGGUCACCACCACGUUGCAGAAAACCAGCUCCAGACACUAAGAUCCCGUCCCAUAAAUUGAGCAGAAGAGUGACAGAAAUAGUUAACAAAGUAGAGGGCUGGAAGGAAGUAUUUAGUAUCAACUGCUGGUUUAACAAUGGAAAAUAAAAGGGCUAUUAUUGUUUGCAUGA